AUGUUUUCCAACUGGUUAACGCAACCACCUGCAGGCAACCGAUCCUCCACCGACGAUGCGAGGACCGAUAACGAUGACGAUACCCAGGUGAUGGAGCCCGAUCAGGGCAAUGUUCUCACUCACAUCAUCUCUCAGCUGCGCCCUGGCGCCGAUUUGAGUCGCGUUGUCUUGCCUACCUUCAUUCUUGAGCCUCGAAGCAUGCUCGAGAGAAUAACCAACUUCAUGUGCCACCCCGAGAUGCUCCUGCAUAUUCCGACAAUCGAGGAUCCUACUGAACGAUUCGUAUCAGUCGUCAAGUUUUACCUGAGCGGCUGGCAUAUUCGACCACCGGGAGUCAAGAAACCGUUAAAUCCGAUCCUGGGCGAAAUAUUCUCCUGCUACUGGGACCUCGAAGGCGGCAAGCGAGCUUACUACAUCUCCGAACAGACUUCACACCAUCCGCCCAAGUCAAGCUAUUUCUACAUGGCACCUGAUCACCACAUCCGGAUCGACGGAACCCUCAAACCCCGGAGUCGAUUCCUAGGUAACUCUGCAGCUAGUUUGAUGGAAGGCAUUGCUUUUCUUUCCAUAUUAAACAGAGGCAGCAACAAGUCCAAGGGAGAGCAAUACAUCCUGACACAGCCCAACAUGUAUGCGAGGGGGAUCCUGUUUGGCAAGAUGAAAUAUGAGCUUGGCGACCACAGCUUUGUGCGAUGCCCUGAGCUGGAUUUGGCCGCUGAUAUCGACUUCAAGACAAAGGGCUGGGUUGGAGGAACCUACAACGCUAUUGGCGGUGUUAUAAAGAGGGAGAGUACUGGCGAGGUUUUGUAUGAGUUGUCUGGCUUGUGGAGCGAGGAGAUGUAUAUCAAGGAUAUGACGACGGGACACCGAGAGAUGUUUUUUGAUGCCAACAAGUCAAAACCUAGCCCACCUCUGGCACGACCCAUUGCAGAACAGGAAGAGCGGGAAUCCCAGAGACUAUGGGAGAAGACUGCCAACGCCGUCAAGGACCGCAACCACGAGCUGGCGACGGACGAAAAGACAAAGAUUGAAGAUCGACAACGUGAAGAAGCCGCCGCUAGGGCCCAUGAUAAUGUUGAGUGGCUUCCACGACUCUUCCGCGCCGUCCACAGCGGACCAGGCGAAUCAGAGGAAGGCGAAGAGGGUCUGGAGUGGAUAAUCAAUGCUCACAUUGACUCUUCAGCAUCCCCGAAAAAGCAGACUGAACAGAUUCUGGCUAUAUAUCCUAUUGUACCCGGUCAGCCAAUGAUCCGAAGGCCGUCUAUUCCAACACAAGCCUCCUCACCAAAAGCGGUCAAAAAGUCGACAAACCAUGUGGUCGAGAAGCCAAAGGAGGAGGACAGCUUGAUCGAUUUUGGCAAUGACCAAACUUCUACACCGGCCGUAAAGAGUCCUGAUGAAAUUGAGAAAUUGCUCACAGCGACAGGCAAGCCAGCCGACGGUCCUUUAAUUGACUUUGCUCAGGAUUUAAAGAAAGACUUGCCAGCUGACGGCGACUUGCUGUGA